GAAAGACAGUCUAUAGCAGUUAUGCCUCAUUUGGUUUUGAUAAGCCUCAUCCUUGUGUUUUUCAAGUUAGGGGAAAUGACAGAUCGCUUUCUGACACAAUACAGUCUCCCAGGAGCCACAGCCCCAGGAGACAUCAUCAUUGAAGGGCUCUUCCCCAUCCAUGAGGCAGUGAAUGACAACACAAACAGAUUCUCUCCGCCUCAGCGAUCAAACUGCACCAGGUUUUACACAAGAGGUCUAAGUCAGGCUCUUGCAAUGGUUCAUGCUGUGGAAAUGGCAAAUAAAUCCCCCAUGUUGAGAAAAUUGGACAUUGCGCUUGGUUACCGCAUCCACGACACAUGUGCUGAUGUCACGACUGCACUACGGGCUGUCCAGUAUUUUACACAGAUGUCCUCUGAAUGUGUUUCAACAACAAACUCUUCCCAAAGUGUGCAGCCCACAAUGGCUGUAAUUGGGACAUCUUCCUCUGAGAUCUCCAUUGCAAUUGCUAGAGAGCUCAACCUCCUGCUAAUUCCACAGAUUAGUUAUGCAUCUACGGCUAUCAUUCUGAGUGACAAAAUCCGUUUCCCUGCUUUCAUGAGGACUGUCCCCAAUGAUAUGUACCAAACCAAUGCUAUGGUCAAACUGCUGAAGGACAAGAAAUGGAACUGGGUUGGCAUUAUCACUACAGAUGGAGACUAUGGGCGUUCUGCCAUGGAAAGUUUUGUUGCCCAGGCCACAAUGGAGGGAAUUUGUGUGGCUUUCAAGCAGAUCCUACCAGAUUUACUGACAGACCAAAAAUUGAACACCUCAAUCAGCCAAACUGUGAACACCAUUAUAAAUAAUCCUAAAGUUAAAGUGGUGGUCUCAUUCGCUAAAUCUGCUCAGAUGAUGUCGAUAUUCCAGGGUUUGCGAGGGGAAGCUUUGCAUGAUAUGGUGUGGGUGGCCAGCGAUAAUUGGUCUAGUGCUAAAGACAUUCUUAAAGAUGAACGCAUCUCAGAUAUCGGAAAUAUACUGGGCUUCACCUUCAAGAGUGGAAAUGUUUCAUUCUUUCAACAAUACCUCAAUGAUCUACAGUUUGGCAGUGAAACUGAGAAUAACAAUUCAUUCCUGAAGGAAUAUUUACUGCAGCCUGACAUAGGAAAUGCAGGAAAAGCCAAAAAGGAAUUGAUAAAAAACAUGAAUUCGGACAUGGUCUUCAGCAUUCAGAUGGCAGUCAGUGCUAUUGCUGAGGCUGUGGCAGAACUAUGUGCACAACAAAACUGCAAGAGCCUUACAUCUCUCCAGCCCUGGAAGCUCCUUGCACAGUUGAGGAAUGUCACUUUUGAAAUGGAGGGGCUAAAUCUCAAAUUUGAUGACAACGGUGACAUUAACUUGGGCUAUGAUGUCUCCUUAUGGAAAAAAAAUGGAUCUGAUGUACACGCUGUCAAAAUAGCUGAAUAUUAUUCAUCCAACAACAGCUUCUCUUUAAGUUUCACUUCCAGCACGAAUCAAAUUGUUUUUGAGCAUGUGGUAUCAAAGUGCUCCAACAGCUGUCAGCCAGGGGAGUUUAAAAAGACAGCAGAGGGCCAGCACACAUGUUGUUAUGAGUGCAUCAGCUGCCCAGAAAACAGCUACUCCAACCACACAGACACAGUCGAGUGUUUCAGUUGUGAUACUCACAGUGAGUGGUCAAAUGCUGGAAGCUCAAAGUGUAAUCCUAAAACUUUUGAGUACUUUGAAUGGAACAGUGGGUUUGCUAUAGUCCUCUUGACCCUGGCUGCCGUCGGCGCCCUCUUCCUCAUCUUAGUGUCUGCACUAUUCAUCUGGCAUAGGGACUCUCCCGUGGUAAAGGCUGCGGGUGGACCUCUCUGUCAUCUGAUCCUUUUCUCGCUGCUGGGCAGUUUUUCCAGUGUUGUGUUCUUUGUGGGUGAGCCAAGCAAUAUGACAUGUAAGGUAAGGCAAAUCAUCUUUGGACUGAGCUUCACGCUGUGUGUCUCAUGCAUCCUGGUCAAGUCCUUGAAAAUCCUUCUGGCGUUCCAGAUGAACCUAGAUCUGAAGGAGCUACUCUGCAAGCUCUACAAGCCAUAUGUGAUCAUCUUCAUCUGCAUGACAGUGCAGGUUAUCAUUUGCACCCUUUGGCUGCACUUGUGCCCUCCUAAAAAAUACAACGAGGAUCUCCCCGAGGUCAUUCUGAUGAAGUGCCAAGAGGGAUCAGAUGUGGCAUUCUGGGUAAUGCUGGGAUACAUCGCUUUGUUGUCGCUUGUGUGUUUUAUUUUUGCAUACAUAGGAAGAAAGCUUCCGCAGAUGUACAACGAGGCCAAGUUCAUCACAUUUAGCAUGCUCAUCUGUCUCAUGGCCUGGGUCAUAUUCAUCCCUGUGCAUGUCACCACCACUGGUAAAUAUGUACCAGCCGUGGAGAUGGUUGUCAUUCUCAUCUCUAACUUUGGAAUCCUGAGCUGCCACUUCUUGCCAAAAUGUUACAUAAUUAUUUUUAAGAAGGAGCACAAUACCAAAGACGCAUUUCUAAAGAAUGUCUACGAAUAUGCCAGAAAGAGUGCUGAGAAUAUCAGGAGCUUGAGUGGAACUGUGUCUGAGAGUAAGACAGAGAGUUCCAUCUACACCAUAUCCACUCCGUCACUUUUGAUGCCUGAGGAGGCACUUCAGGUUUCGGCACAGAAACCAGAUAGAAUGACUCAUAAUCAUACAACCACAGCAGAUUCAGCUAAGAGUCAAAAAUAGUAGUCAAGGCCGCUGUUUUUGAUGUAACAUUCAGCGCUAGACAGACAAAUUAGAAUUUUGUCAUCAUUUACUCACAAUGUUGUUCCAAAUUCCAAAUCCAUAUGACUUAUCGACUUCCAUGAAACACCAAAGGAAAUGUUAGGAAGAAUGAACGUCUCAAUCACCAUACACUUAAACUGAAUCUUUUUCAAUACAAUGAAAGUCAGUAGUGAGGAAAGAAGGUCAUAUGGGUUUAGAACAACUUGAGAGUGAGUACGAGAUGACACAAUUAAAAUGUGUCAGUCAAUGUAUCAUUUAUUCUUUAAUAAAUAUAAUGAAAAUAUAAAUAAUGAACGUGUUUUCUCCUAUACAUUUAUGUAAAUGUGGAAAAGAAAAUUGUUUUUGCAUAUUGUAUAUACUGUGUAUUAAAAUAAAUGUUUCAUUUUGUCUAACCCUAAUCACAUGUCAGAUUAAUAGGAAUUGACAGAUAUCAUCUCCCGUAAACACACUCAUAACUUUUCAGGCACCUUUCCUGAAAGGAAGUUUCACCAUCUUGACAUAGUGACUUACUGUUUCUCUUGGCUACAUGCCAAAUUAAUCAGUGAUACCUUGAGUGACAAUGAGAGUGCCAGCGGCAGUUCAUCCACUGUUUGAUGUUCAGCUUUAAUCGUUGUACUGCAAGAAGCUUGUGACUGUGUCUGUUUGGUGUUGAGAAUUGCCCCAAAACCUUGCAUGAGAUACACAAAUAGGCAAUGUUUAAAAAUCUUUUUCUGUCUUUCUUUUUUUUCGCGGUGGUGGCGGCGUAGUGGGCUAAAGCACAUAACUGUUAAUCAGAAGGUCGCUGGUUUGAUCCCCACAGCCACCACCAUUGUGUCCUUGAGCAAGGCACUUAACUCCAGUUACUCUGGGGGGAUUGUCCCUGUAAUAAUUGCACUGUAAUUCGCUUUGGAUAAAAGCGUCUGCCAAAUGCAUAAAUGUAAAUGUAAGUCCCCAUUGACUUUAUUUGUAUCUUUUUGCCCUGAAAGUCAAUGGUGACCGAGGCUAACAUUCUGAGCAAUGUCUCCUUUUGUGUUCCAAAGAGUAAAAAAGUCAUGUGGAGAGUAAAAGAUGACAGAAUACAUUUUUUGGGUGAACUAUCACUUUAAAGAGGGGGGUGUGCAACCCAAUAGUGAUUUGUGGCAGUACUUCAGGUGGCUUGUCAAUUAUUGAUUUAUCUCAAACUAAAUUUUGUCAAAAAAAUUUAAUAACAUGGAGUGGUGGUGGUGUAGUGGCUAAAGCACAGGG